AGGAAACCCUCAUGGAAGUAUGAAGGAGAUGGUGGGAGGCUGCUGUGUCUGUUCUGAUGAGCGGGGCUGGGCGGAGAACCCGCUGGUGUACUGCGACGGGCACGGCUGCAAUGUGGCGGUGCACCAAGCUUGCUAUGGAAUUGUCCAGGUUCCUACUGGACCCUGGUUCUGUCGGAAAUGUGAAUCUCAAGAGAGAGCCGCCCGGGUGAGAUGUGAACUGUGUCCCCACAAAGAUGGAGCCCUGAAACGGACCGACAAUGGAGGGUGGGCCCAUGUUGUCUGUGCUUUGUACAUCCCAGAGGUGCAGUUUGCCAACGUGCUCACCAUGGAGCCAAUUGUCCUGCAGUAUGUGCCCCAUGACCGCUUCAACAAGACCUGCUACAUCUGUGAAGAGCAGGGCAGGGAGAGCAAAGCAGCCUCUGGAGCAUGCAUGGCCUGUAACCGGCACGGCUGCCGGCAAGCUUUCCAUGUCACCUGUGCCCAGAUGGCUGGCCUCUUAUGUGAAGAGGAGGUCCUAGAAGUCGACAAUGUCAAAUAUUGUGGCUACUGCAAGUACCACUUCAAUAAAAUGAAGACCUCACGUCACUCUGGAGGUAGCUCCUUCAUUGCUGGAAGAAGGAGUCGAUCCACAUCCCCUGCUCAAGAGAAGCAUGUAUCCCACCACGAAAGGCCAAAGAAGAGUCGGAAGGACAAAGAAAGACCUAAACAGAAGCACAAAAAACGUCCGGAGUCUCCCACCAGCCUUACCCCAUCCUUGGUGCCCGUGGCUGCAGAGAAGGUACCAAACCCUCAGGAUGGCUCUACCAGCCACCAUGAGGGGAGCAAAGAGACCUCGGAGGUUGGCCGGUCAGAGGUGAAAGGCAGGAAGUCCUCAAGCCAUGGAAGCAGCCACAAGGGGAAAAAGACUGGAAGUGGGAAAAGCUCAGUUGGCUUCAGCUCGGCUUCAUCCAGCGGGACCUUCCAGCCUGCAGGUACCUCCUGCAGCAGUUUGCAGUGCUCCCAGGACUUUGUGACAUUCCCCAAGCUCGAGCAGGACGACGAGAAGUACCGGAAGCCUGUGUCUUCCUCCUCUUCCUCCCACUGCUCCCCUCUGUAUGAAGGCCAGAAGGGGGACAUCUUUGAGCAGAAGGUGAUCUUCUCAGGCUUUGGGUCCAUCAUGCGCUUCUCCACCUCCGCAGUGAGCCAGCAGAGAGGCCGUGAUGCUUCCCCUGUGGACUAUAAAGCCUCAAACACUGUCAGCGGCCCUUCGGUGGGCACCAGUGGGACCAGCAGCAGCAGCAGCCACAAGCGCAUGCCAUCCCUCAGCAUGGAGGAGGGAGAGGUGCUGAAGGAAAAGAAGCACAAGGGUAGCAAGAAGAACAAGCAUGGGCCUGGCAGGCCAAAAGGGGGCAAAAGCAAAGAGAUUUUGGGUGCCCAGCUGGCUGGGUCCACGUCUACGUCCUCGUCGCCCUUCUCCGGGGGCUCUCUUGUUAGCUCCAGCAUCGGCAGCUCCUCACGGGCCUUCAGCCACACGGGGAACCUGCCCAGCCUCAGCAUGGAGUCCCCGCUGCUGGGUUCAGGGAUCUACACCAGUAACAAGGACCCCAUUUCCCACGGGGGUGGAGUGCUCCGCGCUGUGUGCAGCACCCCGCUCUCCUCCAGCCUCCUGGCACACCAGGGUACGUCGUCUCUCCCACAGCUCAACCGCUCUCCCUUUGCCAGCACCAUCCCAGCUUCCUCCUCCUCAGUGUCCACCACGCAGGUGUUCUCCCUGGCAGGUUCAACGUUCAGCCUCCCUUCCUCACAUAUUUUUGGGAGCCCCCUCACAUCUGGGCUAUCGAUCAACCCACUCUUAAAUCAGUCGGAAAGCAGCCGGGCAGAGCCCGACCUGGAGGACUGCAGUUUUGGCUGCCGAGGGACGUCGCCCCAGGAGAGUCUCUCGUCCAUGUCCCCCAUCAGCAGCCUGCCCACCCUCUUCGACCAGACGGUGUCCUGUAGCAGCAGUGGGCAGCUGGAGAAUGUUCCCCAGGCCACCCCAAACAUCGAGCAGCUCCUGGAGAAGCAGGGCAAUGGGGAAGCUGGAGUGAACAUUGUAGAGAUGCUCAAAGCCCUGCACUCGCUGCAGAAGGAGAACCAGCGGCUCCAGGAGCAGAUCAUGACACUGACAGCCAAGAAGGAGCGUUUGCAGCUCCUCAAUGUCCAGCUCUCCGUCCCUUUCCCCGUGGUGACCACCAGCAAUGGCCCAGGCAGCCAGGCCCAGUACAUCCUGCCUCCCAACGUCUGCAACAACGACUCCCUGAGCAUCAGCAAGAGCCCCCCUUGCAAGAACAGCUUUGGGAUCGAGAACUCGCUCUCCACUUCCUCUGAGGACCCUCAUUCAGGUUGCCCCAGCAGGAGCAGCUCUUCCCUGUCCUUCCACAGCACUCCUCCACCCCUGCCCAUGCUGCAGCAGAGUCCUGCCUCGCUACCCCUGCCCGGGGUGCAGCAGGUGAAUGGCCUGGCCAGGGUGGCAGGCAGCGGGCUGGGGGGUGGCCCCACUGCCAGCCACAGCCUCUCCACGGUGCCCAUGGUGGACGGCCUGAUGGGGACCCUGGCAGGAGGUCAGCAGAUGCCCAUCAACGGGAUCCUGGGGAACCUGAACGGAGCUCAGGCUGCCCAGCCUCCGAGCGCGCUGCCGCAGGCCAGCGGGCCGCCGACCCUGCAGCUCUCCACCAGCCUGAGCAGCAUGAGUCCCCUGACAGAGCAGCAACGGCACGUCUUGCACCAACACGAGCAACAGCUCCAGCAGCUUCAGCAGCUCCUGACUUCCCAGCCGCUUAAUCCGGAGCAGCAGGCCCUGGUGUUCCAGAUGAUGCAGCAGAUCCAGCAGAAGAGGGAGCUGCAGCGGCUGCAGAUGACCAGCUCAUCCCAGUUGUCCAUGACCAGUCUCCUGGCAGCCACCUCUGCCCCCCUGCACUCCAGCACCAGCGCCCUGAUGACCUCGGCCCCACAGCCACCCCACAGCAGCUCUCUCAUGGCCUCCCUCUCCCCGCAGCAGCUCAACCCUAGCAAUGCCCUCCUGGCCCCCCAGGCCACCCCACCGCUCAGCACUCCUGGGAACAGCCUCCUGGCUUCGGGAACAGGCAUCCCACCGGUCCUUACAGCACAGACUAACCCGUUUCUCAACCUGCAGGCUGAUGGCAACACCCCGAAAGGAACGAGCAUGAAUGAAAAGGGAGCUCCUCUUACCCAGGACAAGGGCUAAGCUCCCCCCUCACCCCGAACAAACCAGCAGCCAACUCCUCUCAGCCAGGGGAAUGUGGCUUUCCACAGUCAACCUUGAUACUGUUAGAGCAAUGAGCACAAGGCUUCCAAGAAGCAUUUCCUGCCGCUGGGCAAUGCCAAGAGGUGCUUUGGAAGACAGAACAUCUCUGACCAAGCCCUGGUGUCAUGAGGAGUGAAGGUGGGGGCUGCCUGCUGCCCUGGGCCGUGCCACACGUGCUCAAAGUGAAGCUGUGUUUCCAUGCAGAGUGGAGGAGCGAGUUAACACCAGAUCCCUGCUGAGUGCAAGCGUGUGUUCACGUGUGUGUAGCCCCCUGCCCCAGGCCAAGGCGCUUAGAGACCAUCCAGCAUCCUUGGCCAAGACCUUGGUGGAAGGAGGCUCCUUUCUGCACAGUGCAGAAGAAUCUGGCAAUGCCCUUGGAGGCAGCACUGGAGGUGACACCGCUGGGGACAUGGUGGCAGUGCCUACAUGCUCUGCUUCGGCCUGAUGGGGAGGUCAAGAAGAAAUCCUCUAGCUGAGAUUUCUCACCUGCUUUUCAUCUGCUGGGCUCUGAAGAUGGUCUUCUCUCUAUAGCCAUCAUAUGAAGCCCCAACAUGUCAGCUGGAUCCAAACCCAGCCUGCAAACACGAGUGGUGGAGUGAUGGGUGAGGACCAGUGUUCGGGGAGGUGAAAGCCACCUACUUCUUUAAAGGACAUUGCCACAUCUGCUCUGCCAGCUGCUGUGGGUUCCAUGCUGUACUUGUCACGUGAAAAGCACACUCCUGCUCCUUGUGCUGGCUCUCGCUCUUCCCUUCCAAGAUCUCCAAAGGCUAAAAUUCCAACUGGCAAAAAGGGGCUUGUAGCCAGUGUUACCCCUCUUGUAGCCAACUUCAGAAGAUGCAUUUGAACCCAUUGGGAGAUAGAAACGUGUGUGGGGAAGAGAGAGCCCCCAGUCCGGUACCUGCUCUUUCUUGCCUACCACAAAUCAUUCCAGUCUGGCAAACCCACGUUCUUCCACUGGUCCUGGGCACUUGAGAAAAGGGAUCUCCAAGCAAUGGGACAAUUGCCAGUCUCCUGAGCUAGGACAGCAGAGCCUUCGUUGUUCUCCACCUUUUGACCUUAACUCCAUCUUGCAGCCUGGAACCUCAGCAAAGAAGUCAGCUUCCUCUGAGCUUGGAUGCGAUGGAUUCAUGGAAGGACAAGUGGGGCAGCUCUGGAGGAAGGGGAACAUCGACGUCAAACGUACAAAAGUGCCCCUUCUCCUCCUCAUCCCCUGGUUCCACCCAGAGCUCCUGGGGGCAGGCAGGAAGACUCCAGCCCAUAGGAACUCCGAGGGUCUUAACAACAAGUUGUCAGACCUUAAUGGAUAUUUUUCAGCACAUUCCCACUGCCUCUUCACUAGUUUGCACUAUUCACACUUGUCAGCAGUGGGGCUGUGCUGAUAGGACUAGAAAAGCUUAUUAUAGGCAAAACCCAUCUGCUAAAUAGCUUUCUUUUAUUUCUUCUUUUGUGUUUCUUUGGAAGAUGAUUGUCACCACAAUGGUUGGAUAAGGCUUAGAGGAGAGCAAAUCCCUUUCUGAUCUCAGCCUCCAGUUCUGUGAACUGGGCAGAACACUGCUGUCUGCUCAGAAAUAUAUAUAUAUUAUAUAUAUAUCUUUUUUUUUUUUAUAUAUAAAGAAAAGCUAAUGUUUUAACAAGGUUAAGAAGCUAUUGGAAAGAUGGAGAUGGCAGCUAAAAGUGGAAAUGCCCAGCACUGAGAAACCACCAUCUUUCAGUUGCAAAUGG